AUCAGGAACCAAACAACCACUAGAGAGAGAGAGAGAGAUGGAGAGCUCUAAGCCGUCAUCUUCGACAACGCCGUAUCCCGGAGGCGCCGGUGCCGGCGGAAAGUUCAGAAAGCCACCAAGGAAGCGGCCGUCUACACCUUACGACCGUCCACCACCGAGUACUGCCAAUAACCAAUCUCAGUCCGGUGGCUGGCUGUCGAAGCUUGUUGUCAAUCCUGCUCGCCGUCUCAUCGUCGGUGGAGCCACCAGAAUACUGCCGUCCUUUCUCUUUAACCCUGAAUCUUCAUCUGCCGAUGAAUAUGUGGACGAUUCUUCUAGUGAUCAUGACGAUGAAGAUGUAGAUGCAAUUGUACAUGCACUCGAUGAUGCUAAACACACUUUGGAGGUUGGAGUAUCCAGUUCGAUUAGAAAUGCAGGCCCUAGUAAUGAAGUGGAUAAAUUGAAGGGGAUCUCAGACCAUGUUAAUAUCCAACAAGAUAACUCAAAGAAGUCGACUGAUGAUCUUGGUUUAGAUCAAAUUGAGACCUUGCUGAAAGGGAAACAAUUCUCUCGGGAUGAAAGCAGGCGUUUAAUGGAGAUAUUGAAUUCUAGAUUGGUUGAUGAUUCUAAUGCCGAGGGAGCGGAGAAAGCAGCAAAUGUGACUCCUCAGGGGAAAGGUAAAGGAAACGUGUCGGACCGCGAACUCCCGUCUACAUCUAAUAUUAGGAAGCAAUAUGAUGUGGAAACCCCAAUGCCUCGUUUGCAAUCAGCUAUACAAGAUGAAGUUGCUGCGUCACCAAUAGAUAUUGCUAAAGCUUAUAUGGGAAGCCGAGCAUCAGAAUCGGGAUUUAAAACUUACGGUAACAACACAUCAACAGCUGGAAGGGAACAACAGAUUAAUGACGUGUUCCCUUCAAAACCCCAUUUUUUCACGCCUUCAUCAAAAUCAUCUACUUGUUGGCCCGGUGCCAUGGUACAAGACCAUCGCGGUUAUCUAACUCCGCAGAGUCAAAGAAGCAGAUACGGGCUUCAUAAUAUUCCACGCACACCGUAUUCUAGAACCAAGCCAAGACUGAAUCAGUUACAAGGUGAUGGCAAGUCUUCUAAUGUUUCUCUGACCACGUUCCAACAAUCUAGGUGGCAGAUAAAGACAAGUAGUGAUGUCAUGGAUGGUGGGUAUGGAUCAGUAGGUCCUAUUCGUCGUGUUAGGAACAAGUUUGCGUCAGAACCACAAUCUGAAGGACCAACACGUCGCUCUCCUGCUCAGCUCGUUUCUUCCUCCAGUGCUUCUAGAAGCUUUAUGCCCGUAUUCCAAAAGAAUCCGGUAACUAGUGGCACUUCACACCUGAAUACACCAGACAAGCAUGAACAAACUUUUAAAGCCGAGGCAGGACCGUCUAAUGAGACAGUUAGAAAGAUAUUAGAGCAUCUCGAUAGACACAAGCCGACCCCUAAAGAAAAGGCAGCCGAGUUGAAGCUAGCAACCGAAUGGAAACGAUCGCCUUCUCGAGAUACUACUUUAAAAGGACCCGAGAGUGGAAUAAGCUUCAGAGAUCAAAUGAAAACCUCAAAUGCAGAAACCAAAACGUCUACCACGGCUAAUGAUGCUGCUGCAGGGCCUUCAUUCGGUCUUAAGAAUACGGAUGUUGCAAAUGAGAAGUCUAGGGUUCCAGACAGCAAGGAAAAGGAAAAAAGUCAGCCAUGGUCAUUUGACAACAAAACCAACGGCCAAGAUCUCACUAAGAAGAGGCCAUCUCAACCGAACUUGAAACCUAUUUCCUUCAAGAGGCCAGACCCACAACAGGUUGUAUCAUCUGAUAAUGGCCGUGGAUUCACCUUCUCUUUCCCCGCCACUGCCAGCUCAGCAUCAGAGCCACAGCCACCAACGCCAUCCAUCUUGCCAUUUUUCUCACCACCAGCAGCACCCCAGUCAAAGGAUUUGCCUGUUACACCAGCUUACAGCUUUGGAUUGAACAAAUCAAGUGAGCGGGUUGUUUUCAGUUUCCCUUCUACCAGCAGUGCUGCUGUUGAUGAUGGCGUGUCUGAUCUUAAGUUCGAUUUUGGGUCAGAGAAGAAGAGGGUGUCGUUUGGUUUGAUAGGAAGUGAUGCCAUUGUUAUCAAUUAACCAGUUUCAAGGGAGUCUAGCAAGUGUUGUUUUUUUUUUCUUGAUAUUUUUGUAUCUGAUUGAUAUAUUCUUAUGAUGGAUUAUAUCGGGUGAUGAUUUGUAUCACUAGCGUAACGGUAAUCGGUUAUGUGAUUACAAAUUGUUAGUAACGAAAAACUUGUUGCACUUGGUGUUCAUGCGUUCAAUUUGUGAUGCAAAAGCACAUUGUUAAA